UUGGUGGAAACGUGGAUUGGAAGCAGAUAGCAAGUAUUCAGGAAUCCAUUGGUGAAACUAGCUCCCAAAGCGUGGUCGUUGCUGUGGACAGAAUAUUUACAGGAUCUACAAGGUUGGAUGGAAAUGCUAUUGUGGAUUUCGUUCGCUGGCUCUGUGCUGUAUCUAUGGAUGAACUGCUGUCUGCAACGCACCCUCGAAUGUUUAGUCUGCAGAAGAUAGUAGAGAUUUCUUACUACAACAUGGGUCGCAUAAGGCUACAGUGGUCUAGAAUUUGGGAAGUUAUUGGAGAUCAUUUUAAUAAGGUUGGCUGCAAUCCCAAUGAAGAUGUAGCUAUUUUUGCAGUAGACUCAUUAAGGCAAUUAUCAAUGAAGUUCUUAGAAAAAGGAGAACUUGCUAAUUUCCGAUUCCAGAAAGACUUCUUAAGACCGUUUGAACAUAUCAUGAAGAGGAACAGGUCUCCUACUAUUCGAGACAUGGUUGUACGGUGUAUUGCACAGAUGGUAAAUUCCCAGGCUGCUAACAUUCGUUCUGGCUGGAAAAACAUUUUUUCAGUGUUUCAUCUGGCUGCCUCAGAUCAGGAUGAAAGUAUAGUGGAGCUGGCGUUCCAGACUACAGGACACAUUGUCACAAUUGUAUUUGAAAAACACUUCCCAGCAACCAUAGAUUCUUUCCAGGAUGCAGUGAAGUGCUUGUCUGAAUUUGCCUGCAAUGCAGCAUUUCCAGAUACUAGUAUGGAAGCGAUCCGCCUCAUUCGCCACUGUGCAAAAUAUGUAUCUGAUAGACCUCAGGCAUUCAAGGAAUACACAAGUGAUGAUAUGAAUGUAGCUCCUGAAGACAGAGUGUGGGUACGAGGAUGGUUCCCAAUUCUGUUUGAGUUGUCCUGUAUCAUCAAUAGAUGCAAAUUAGAUGUAAGAACCAGGGGCUUAACUGUAAUGUUUGAAAUCAUGAAGACAUAUGGCCAUACUUACGAAAAACACUGGUGGCAAGAUUUAUUUCGGAUUGUCUUUAGGAUAUUUGACAACAUGAAGCUGCCAGAACAGCAGACUGAGAAAGCUGAGUGGAUGACAACUACUUGCAACCACGCACUUUAUGCAAUAUGUGAUGUAUUCACACAGUAUUUAGAAGUACUUAGCGAUGUGCUUUUGGAUGAUAUAUUUGCACAGCUGUACUGGUGUGUGCAGCAAGACAAUGAACAACUGGCACGGUCUGGCACAAACUGCUUGGAGAACGUUGUCAUCCUAAAUGGUGAAAAAUUUACCCUAGAAAUCUGGGACAAAACUUGCACUUGCAUGCUGGAUAUUUUCAAAACUACAAUCCCUAAUGCGCUGCUGACUUGGCGACCAGCUGGUGGGGAGUUUGGCUCUGGAUCUCCCUCUGAUGCUAAAGAAAAACUGGACACAAUCUCACAGAAGUCAGUAGAUAUUCACGAUUCCUUUCAGCCUAGAUCUUCCGAUGGCCGUCCAUAUCAGCCCAGCGCAGGGUCCGCAGGAGGUGAAGAAAUGAAUAAAGCCAGGCCAACAGCAAAAUUUCCAGAACAGAAGUUAUUUGCUGCUCUUUUGAUCAAGUGUGUUGUACAACUGGAACUCAUUCAGACUAUCGACAAUAUUGUGUUCUUCCCAGCAACCAGCAAAAAGGAGGAUGCGGAGAAUCUGGCAGCAGCACAAAGAGAUGCAGUGGACUUUGAUGUCCAUGUGGAUACACAAGAUCAAGGGAUGUACCGUUUCCUAACAUCACAGCAGCUUUUCAAACUUCUCGAUUGUCUGCUGGAAUCUCACAGAUUUGCUAAAGCGUUUAACUCCAACAACGAGCAAAGAACAGCUCUCUGGAAAGCAGGUUUCAAAGGCAAAUCAAAGCCAAAUCUUCUGAAGCAGGAGACCAGCAGCCUUGCCUGCGGGCUGCGCAUCCUGUUCCGGAUGUACAUGGAUGAAAGCCGCACCAGUGCAUGGGAGGAAGUCCAGCAAAGGCUACUAAACGUCUGUAGUGAGGCUCUGAGCUAUUUCCUCACUCUUACAUCAGAAAGUCAUCGGGAAGCCUGGACCAAUCUGUUACUCUUAUUUUUGACUAAAGUCCUGAAGAUAAGUGAUGAAAGGUUCAAGGCUCACGCCUCAUUCUAUUACCCGCUGUUGUGUGAAAUUAUGCAGUUUGACCUUAUUCCCGAACUUCGAGCUGUCCUACGAAGGUUUUUCCUGCGGAUUGGCGUGGUUUUCCAAAUAUCCCAACCACCAGAACAAGAGUCUGGAGUCGGCAAGCAGUAG